AUGAAGAACCACGCGGCAGAUCUAGCCAUAAGGUUCAACAGACGUGUCGCAACCUCCUUCAUUGGCCGGUUCUUCAGGCUAGAAGGCAGUAGUGACAGAACGGUGAUCGACGGGACGACAUUCUUGAAAGAAGUUCGUGCUGGGGCGACGACCUUUGCUGCUAUGACGUAUAUCAUUGCUGUUAAUGCUUCUAUUCUGUCGCAGACGGGGGGGCCUUGUGUUUGUGAUGAGACCGAUAGGAUUGAUUGUGAUAAGAUUGAUAGUUAUGUGAUGUGUAAAGAGGAGGUGAGGCGAGAUCUCGUCACGGCGACGUCAGCCAUUGCAGGGCUGGCCAGUCUUGUCUUCGGUCUCUUCACCAAUCUCCCUAUAGCCCUCGCACCUGGCAUGGGCCUCAACGCCUACUUCGCCUUCCAAGUAGUAGGCUACAACGGGUCUGGCAGUAUCCCCUACGGCGUCGCAUUAACAGCCGUCUUCACAGAAGGUCUCAUCUUUGUCUUCCUAGCACUAACAGGCAUGCGACAAUGGCUCGUCAAACUCAUCCCGUCAACUAUAAAAUCUGCAACGGGAGCUGGUAUUGGUCUGUUUCUCACUGAGAUCGGCUUGUCUUAUGGUUCGGGUAUUGGUGCUAUUACUGGUGGUUUUAACGCGACGCCGUUGGCGAUAGCUGGAUGUCCUGUUGAGAGGAUUAAUCCGGAUACGCAGAUGUGCGAGGGCGGGAUAAUGACUAGUCCAAAGCUUUGGACUGCGAUAUUUGCUGGUGGGUUACUGACGGCGUAUCUAAUGGCCUUUCGGGUCAAAUACGCUUUCGUCAUUGGUAUCGCCUUUGUUUCUAUCCUCUCAUGGCCGCGAGAUACUGCUAUCACAUACUUCCCUCACACGCCAGAAGGAGACUCCCGCUUCGAGCUCUUCCGCAAAGUCGCUGCUGUCAAUCCCAUGAAGCAUACCCUCAACGCUCUUGACUGGAACGUCGGCCAACACGGUACUCAAUUCGCCCUCGCUCUCUUCACCUUUCUCUAUGUCGAUAUCAUCGAUGCAACAGCAACUAUGUUUUCGAUGGUCCGCUUCUGCGGCGUCGUGGAUGAUCGAGAUGGAGAUUUUCCUCGUUCAACACUCGCAUACUGCUGUGAUGCAAUCAGCAUUUCGAUCAGUGCGCUCUUUGGUUGUUCACCUGUCACGGCGUUCAUUGAGAGCGGCGCUGGUAUUGCUGAGGGCGGACGCACGGGUCUUACUGCUAUGACUACUGGGUUCUUGUUUCUUUUGUCAAUUGUAUUUGGGCCGAUCUUCUCUUCUGUGCCGCCGUGGGCAACUGGACCUGCUCUUAUUCUGGUUGGAUGUAUGAUGGCUCGUCAGAUCACUGAGAUCAACUGGCGCUACAUCGGCGACACCCUCCCCUCAUUCGUUGUCCUCGCCUUUGUCCCAUUUUCAUACAGCGUAGCCUACGGCAUCAUCGCCGGCAUGUUUCUUUACACGGCUCUAAAUCUCAUGAUAUCUCUCACGGUCCGCCUUUCAGGCGGUAGACUGGAGCCAGAUAACUACGACAUGAAAGAGUACUGGACCUGGAAAGCCCCAGGAAGAAAACCAUGGUUUGUGCGAGCUUUCAGAAAUGUUACUUACUCAGCAAAGGAUACGCAUGAGUUGAGUCCUCAAACCUUUGAUUCCCAUGGUGGCUUGGACUGCGAAAUGAUGAGGGUUGCGUCGUCGGAUGAGAGGAAGGACAAUGCGCAUGUGUCGGUCUCUGUACCUUUGCCCGCGCUUUCUAGGUUCUCUCGUUGAGAUAUUUACGGCCUCUGGGCUACCUUGAUGUCUUUCAUGCAGGCGGCUAGGGCAUAUUGAUUACUUCUUGUACAUACUUCUUAGUUCACUUGGACUUUACGCAUUACUGCACCGAAUAUUUAUCGAUCAUUGUUACCAACUAAAAAUGUCUUUAUUGAACAAGUAGACGAAUUAUGGCUGCUCUCUCGUGCGUUCGGAUCCCGCCACAAAAGCA